CUGAAGAAUUAAGGAACCUGGCUCUUUAUGAAAAUAUAUUAAACACCUGUAGUACAUAUUACAUACCUAGCUGAAUUUUAAUGGCUGGGUUGUUGCCUGGCAUUGCACCGCCGGAAAAGGCUCCCCGACAUGCAUGGUACAAGGAAAGGUUACACACGAAGUAUCUGAAAGAAAAGAACAACAAGCAGCGUCUUUCUGGUGCCCUGGACUCCCGCCGCUGGCGAUUCUUAAAACCUGGGCUUGACGAUUUCAGAGAUGGUUACCCUCUUCCUGUAGGAGAGUACAUUUUUACUCAGACCAAGGAGGGCACCUCUCCUACCGUCCCCGGGAUCCCCGGCCACGUGGGCGGCACUGAGCAGAAACCGAGGAAGCAGCUCACUAAGGAGCAGGUGUGCUUCUCCAGGAAGAAUCCCCAGCAGCAGCUGCGCCGAAAGCAUGUGGCCGAGGUGGAGUACAGCCUCACUCAGCACCCAUUCGCACUUUACCCGCACCUGCACGAGUGCGUGUCUCCCGAGUUGUUUGAUCAGAUCCUCUCUCUCCUGGACCCAGAGAUGAGCAUGGACAGGGACACUGCAUGGUUCCCAAUCAGUACAGAUGAGGAGCAUGCACAUGAUUGUCCUGAGCACUGUGAAAACAGUUUCCAUGAUCUUGCAGAGUCUGGAGAGGGAAGGGACACAGUACCAUCACCUAAUGUCAUGCAAGUAGAUUUACAGAAGACUGAUGACUCCAGACCAAAGAAUCCUUACCUACGGCUGCUGACAAGGGAGAAUAGUGCCAAGGAAGACCAAGCCAGUAAAGUGAAAAGAGUCCAGUCACCAUCCUUGGAGGAUGAGAUUAAGAGAGUAACAAAGAAGCUCCAUGACUGGGUAGUCUCCUUGGGUGAUGAGAGUGACGACUUAAGUGAGUCCACCCUUGCAAACCUGUUUCUGAGUGCUUUUGAGAGGAAGCCCUCCUUGACUUUCCCCAUCCGGCUAGUGGACCCUUCCAGUGUGCCAGAAGAGCUGUACAGCUCUGCAGAGGACCUGCAUAAAGUGGCCUCUCCUGACACUUUACUGAAGGGCCCUGGAACAAUGAAGAGACAUUCUAUAAAAGCAAAGAUCAAUUAUGGAGCCUGGUCCCGAGAACCAAAAACAAGCAGGAAAAGAAUCACAGAUGAAUCAGUGCAAGACCCCACCACCACCAAUAAAGACCAAGAGUUUUCCGCUGUUGUAAGCAAACAAGAUGAGGAGCUAAAGCAGAGUUAUGCAGCUCAGGCCUUCAAAAAAUUCAUUAUCAGUAAAGGACUCAGGGAACCUGCGCAUACUCACCUGAUCGCGGGUAUUGGUUACUCCUCGCCGCAGCGGGACUCAGACGAAACCGUCACAACGCGCUCGGAGUCAGAAUAG